CUCCUAAUGAGUUUGGGCGUGUGUUUUAGGUUCGCCUCAAAUUUCUCAGUUAUUUUAUUAUCAUCUCACAUUAUAAUCGAACUUUUUAUGUAAUUUUUAUUUCUUUAAAUGAUCUAAUAUAAUGAAACGUUGGUCUUGCAUUAUCCUGCUUGUAACAUGCCUCAUAUGGCAUGUUACUGUCACAGCUCAGAAUGCAGGAGGCUGUCAAAUUCCACUGAUCAUCAGAGGAUCUUGGUUUUCAUGGGAAAAUGGCAGGAAUACCUUAACAGAAAUAAAUGCCAACAGUAUGACUAAGCGGGGUAUAUGUGUAAAUAUGAUAGAAGAAUAUCAUGUUAAUUAUACAUUUGUAUUUCGUGAUGCUUAUACUCCGAUCACGUAUGACAGCUGUUAUCAUUGUGUAAAACUUGUUGUCAGAACAGUAAAUGUCCUGGAAAAACUUGAAGGCAAUUGUGUAAACUUGCCCAAUGGUGUCGAACCUACUGUGGAUAAUGUUUGUAAAGGAUUAAAUGCAAACCAACAGUUAAUAACAUUGUUCUCUGAGAAUUAUGUACCUGUAAACUGCAGGUCUUCUCUGGAAGGAGUUUGGCAAUUUGCUUAUCAAAAUCGAUUUAGAUUUACUGGAGAGUGUAAUCAUCCAGAUGCACAAAUAAAAUCUUGUCAGACUGCAGGAACCCAAUUUCUUAUAACCAAUCAGAAAUUUAAUAUUACUUACAAAAAAUGUGCUGGAAUGAAAGGAACAUUUGAUGGAUUGGUAGAAUACAGUUGCUUGGGCGAUUGGUUUGUGGAUAAAAAUCACUUCUUUGCAGUAGCAAAUACAAAAGAAUCUCGAAAGGAUGAGAAAUACAGAUGUUUUUUAAAGAAUCGCGAUGACGAUUUGUAUAUUGGUGUAUCGAUUACUGCGGAGUGUAAUACUCUUAAAACUGUCGAAAAAAGUCCCGAACGUUUGCGAAUUACUCCGGUUAAGUCCGAGAUAGUCGAACCAGGUUGCCGUUUGCCGGAGGAUAUGUCUGGUAAUUGGAUCAACACCGCUAAUAUUGACGCGGAUAUCUUUAUUAACGAAACGCAUAUUAUUGAGACUUGGUAUCCGGACGAAGGUCGUUAUCGACGGACGAUUUACGUUUGUCGUGAACAAAGGGACUCGAGAGUAAUGAUGGCGAGAUUGACUGUUGAUGGAUGCCAAAAGGACUAUGUUUGCUUCGAUUUUGUACGACGACAUCAUAAUAUUAUCAGAUAUCGACGUGGAUUGGCUGUGAUAAAAGAUGAUUUUCAUACGGUGUGUUCUUGGGUCCAAUUUCCCAAUAAAGAAAAGUGGAAAUAUGACCUAUUUUUAGCAAAAAAUCCCGUUCCGGUGCGCUGUCCGAUAGCCGGAAAAUUUAUGUUUCAUCAAAAAGGUGAUGUUCUCUUUGAAACGAGAAUUCUAGGCGGCGUCACUAAAUCUCCACGUCCAAAUAUAUAUUGCAAGCAAAAUAUUUCUGAUUUUUCGGUUUGCACUACCGAUCAAAAGGAAAUCGCAAUCGACGAGACAUAUUGCUUGUCUGUAGAUCAUUUGGGAAAACCGGUUGACAUUUACAGUGACCCAGAUUAUAUAAUGAAAUGCAUCGGAUUUUGGAAGGAGAACUUAAAAUCUUACUUAGUUACUUACGACGAACUGGAUCCUUUCAGCAAAUAUCGUUGUUGGGUAUACCAAAGAGCUGAUUUGAACAGAGUGCUUUUGUCUCAGGCUAUUGGUCCGUUCUGUGAUCUUAAACAAGAUGUGACAAGUCAAAAUUAUACAGAAGGUGCUGCAGUUGCACUGGAAUUGCAGGAAUACGAACGAGAACGUGAUCAAUGUCCGAUGUAUUUCGAUGACGGGAGUAAUCCUUGGGUACAAACAGAAAACUUUGUUAACGUCUUCCAUUUCGGAAAUGGCGGUAAUAUAAAAAGUCGAUUCUUAUUCUUAUUUAUCGUACCAUUAGUAAUAGCAUCUUAUAACGUAUAAUAGGAACAUGUAAAAAUAAUUCUCUUUGAGGAUCAAACGUAUUCAUUAAUUCUCAUAAAACUCUCGUAGCGCAAUAAUAUUUAAGAUAAAUAUCGCCUAUUGUUUUUAAACAAUUCUUAUAAUGGUUUGUCACAUGGGCACUAUAUGUAUUCCGUCCAUUUUAUAAUUUAUGAUUGUAAUUAUGAUUGUACAUGUGCCUUUAACACUUACUGCCUUAUUCUGAAUCUUAUAUAAGUAGACAUUGUACAAUAUAGAUAUUUUAAUAUGCAAGAGAAGUCCGUCCAAAAAGAAUCUCUGAUGUAAAACAAAUGCAUUCUGAUUUAUAUAUUAUUCAUUUUAUGCAUAUAGAACAAGAUAUAUAGAAAAGAUUGCAAGUAGGAUUUGGUUAGGUACUUUUAUUAUCCAGUAGAAAGAGGUUUGAAAUAGUAUCCUUGAAAUUAUAAAAAGAUCUUUUAAAUAUUUUUGCUGUCUAAUGAAAGAAGAAAUGAAAUAGAAUAUUUGAAAUUUUAUAAAUAAAGAAUCAAAAUUAUACAUAUUUUAAAAUUUAUAUUCACAUUUAAUGUGUUUUAAUUAUAUAUUUUUAUCUAUGCUAUAUUCAUGUACUCAUUUAAGACAAAAACAUA